AUGAUCCCCGAGCCGAGUCCAUUUGUUGGGGGUUCAUCCUCCUCCUCCUCCUCCUUCUUUUUUUUUUCUUUUUUGUGUGUCUUUUUUUUUCCAUUUCAGGAGAUCUCUGAACGGUUGAUGUCGUCUAUAGGCGGCUUCCGGCGCCGUGCCCCCAAGACACUCAAGACACGCCACGCGCUAAAAAAGUAUGAACCCAAAGUUGUUGAGAACCCAAAAAAAAUACUGUUUCUCCGCGGCUCACGGACGAGUAGUGUGGUGAAUGAUGCCAUGACGGACCUUGCCGCCAUCACGAAGCCGUACAAUAAGAAACUGAAAAAGCGGAACGGUUUUCAUCCCUUUGAAGGUCGUGAGCAUCUUGAGUUUCUUGGCUUUAAGAACGACUGCUCUCUCUUCUGCUUCACAAGCGACAACAAGAAGCGGCCGCACAACAUUGUACUGGGCAGACAGUUCGACUUUCACAUUCUAGACAUGGUGGAACUCGGCAUCGUGGCGGCUGAUCGUCUGGACUUGGAGCGGGUAAAGGGCAUGGAUGUGGCGUCGCUUGGCGGGAAACCUUUUUUUUUCUUUGAGGGAAGCGAGUUUGCUGCGGACCCGGCGUUCAUUCGCCUCAAGAGCCUACUAAUUGACUUCUUCCGCGGGGGAACCGAGACGGAGGUCAACCUUGACGGAUGUGAUCGCGUCUUGGCCUUCUCGCUCAGGUCAGAAAAUGGCCGGGAUGCGUGUGUGGCGCCGUCAACGGAGUGUUACGGCAGCGGGCCGCAGCGGGAACGAGGAAACACGGUUCUUUGCAUGCGGCACUACGCCCUGCAGAAACCCAGCACUGCUGCCGGCAUGCCUAAAACUUUGAGCAGCAACAUCCAGCUUGUAGACAUUGGCCCUAACUUUGACUUUUCCAUUCGCCGCGCAGCCUUUGCGACGCCGGCCGAAUUUAAGGUGGCAACACGAGUACCGAAGGAAGUAUUGGCGACAUUGCGUUCCACCGCGGAGAAUGUCAGCAGCGACGCCAUGGGGAACCUCCGCGGCCAGCUGCACGUUGGUAAGCAGGACGUGGAUCAGCUGGACCUCCGCCGCUUCAAGGCACACCGAAAGAGAGGACGCCAUGGGCGCGGAGAGGAUGGCGAUGGCGGCGAAAAGGACGAAGAGGCGCCACAAAAACGCCGUCGCCGUCGUCACGGAGGAGGAGGUGACGCCGAUGACGACGCACGACCGGAGACGGAUAUAUAA